UAUCUGGCUAGAACUCUCACGAUCUCUCUGUAUAGAACUGUCACUGUCUACCUGGAUAGAAGUCUCACUCUCUGGAUAGAACUCUCACUAACUGUGAACCCAACUACUCAGCCUCCCCUUUACCAGCCCAACUUCUCCCCUUGGAGGGGCACUGGGUCCUCAUCAAAAGCUUCCUGGACAGCUAGAGUUGGAACCAGAGCCUGACUGUGAUGUGGCCCUUGGCUCUGAAGGCUCUUGCUCUGUCCUAAGAUAUCCUCAAAAUGAGCCUGGGUAGUAACACUUGGGUGGGGCCUCUACUGUUGCCCAUUUUUUGAUCCACUGCCCUUCCCCUGAGGCUUCUGCAGAUGUGGUCAGGCCUGGCAGGGUGAAGGCCCAGCCCUUGGGGUCCCUCUGCCUCCCUCUGCUCUGCCCCUUGCUUCUUGGCUGAAGGUGGAGAGCAUGUCCCAGAGCCCCACGAGGGGUGAUCAGCAUUGUGAGCUGGGCGUGCACCAAGCUCCUCACCUGGGAGCAGGUGCCAGGGAACAGGCCACCCAUGACUCCACAUCCCCUGCUUGCAGUGGACCUGACCGGCAUUGACAGGCGCAGCAGAGAGCAGGAAGUGGCCACCAGGGAGAAGGCUCAGUCACUUGCAGCCCUGUUUCUAGAAAAAGUGCGUGACUUAGAUGACUUCCUGUGGAAAGCAGAGACGAAGGAUCUUGAUGAGGACACCUGUGUGGAAAGCAGCCUGACCCCACUAGACACCAACUGCCUCUCAAGUCCUACGAAGAUGCCUGGGGCGGUGCAGCAGUUUACCACGCUGAUCCGUCGUCAGAUUUCCAACGACUUCCGAGACCUGCCCACCCUCCUCAUCCACGGGGCAGAGGCCUGUCUGAUGUCUCUGACCAUCGGUUUCCUCUAUUUUGGCCACGGGAACAUCCAGCUCUCCUUCAUGGAUACAGCCGCCCUCUUGUUCAUGAUCGGCGCUCUCAUCCCUUUCAAUGUCAUUCUGGAUGUCAUCUCCAAAUGUUACUCGGAGAGGGCAAUGCUUUACUAUGAACUGGAAGACGGGCUGUACACCACUAGUCCAUAUUUCUUUGCCAAGAUCCUCGGCGAGCUUCCGGAGCACUGUGCCUACAUCAUCAUCUACGGGAUGCCUACCUACUGGCUGGCCAACCUGAGGCCGGGCCUCCAGCCCUUCCUGCUGCACUUCCUGCUGGUGUGGCUGGUGGUCUUCUGUUGCAGGAUUAUGGCCCUGGCCACCGCGGCCCUGCUCCCCACCUUCCACAUGGCCUCCUUCCUCAGCAACGCCCUCUACAACUCCUUCUACCUCACCGCAGGCUACAUGAUAAACUUGAGCAGCCUGUGGACAGUGCCCGCGUGGAUUUCCAAAGUGUCCUUCCUGCGGUGGUGUUUUGAAGGGCUGAUGAAGAUUCAGUUCAGCGGAAGAAAUUAUAAAAUGCCUCUCGGGAACUUCACCAUCGCGGUCUCAGGAGAUAAAAUCCUCAGUGCCAUGGAGCUGAACUCGUACCCUCUCUACGCCAUCUACCUCAUCGUCAUUGGCCUCAGCGGUGGCUUCAUGGUCUUGUACUACGUGUCCUUAAGGUUCAUCAAACAGAAGCCAAGUCAAGACUGAUGAUUCACGCCAGGCGCCUGCCCGCUGGUGAGGGACCUGAGCAGACCCUUCAACUGCACUCCCUCCUCAGGACCCCCUUCCUGGGGACCGUGAAGACAAUGACCCUACAGAUGCUCAGCUACAUCCGGCCCACGGUGCUGCAGUGGCACAGACCAGCCACAGGAUGGCAGUAGAAUAAAGACAGUCGAAAGGGAUUUCUGCUCACUGGCAGGAGACUGCGAUGACUGGGAGUGAGAAAACCUGCACUCGGUGGCACCUACAACGUUGCUAAUUUAUUUCUUUUUGAUAUGCAUUUAUAUAGGCAACUUGAUAUAGGAUGGGAGCAAACUAGGAAUGAAUUGAGUAGCUAGACUGUGCAGGAAUUGUUGGAACCUGGAGGGAACAGUAACAGUAGCUAGCAGAUAUGGCUUCAUCUUCCAGGGGCCCCACACUCCGUGGUGAGCCACCAUCAAUACAGAAAGUGACCUAAGAUGUACCAGCAAGACGCCAUCCCUUCUUUUUGUGUGGGGUCAUGGGCUCCAAAAGCCAACGUGAACAAUUAAAAAUUUAUUGAGCAUCUACUCUGUGGCAGGUCCUGUGCAAAAACACUUUAGGUGGACAAUCCUUUGAGGUAAGUGGUAUCCCAUUUUAUAGGUGUGAAAACUGAAGCAAAAAUUCAUUUUCCUAAGGGCACAUGGAUACUUUGUGGUGGAGUCACGUGGGGGUCAGAAAAGCCUUGGAAGCCUUUGGAGUUAGAGUGCAGAAGGCAAGGCCUGAGCUGCUGUAAGGCUUAGGAGUUCAGGAAGGCUCCAGAAGAUAAAUGGGGUCUGCAGAGGCUGUGUUAACUCAGCCAGGCUUGUUAGAGUUACAUUUCACUGACUGAUAUGGUUUGGCUCUGCGUCCUCACCCAAAUCUCACCUUGAAUUGUAAUAAUCCCCACAUGUCAAGGGCGGGACCAGAUGGAGAUAAUUGAAUCACAGGGGUGAUUUCUCCAAUGCUGUUCUCCUGAGAGUGAGUUCGGCUGAGAUCUGAUGGUUUUAUAAGGGGCUUCCCUCUUCGCUCAGCUCUCAUUCUCUCUCCUGCUACCCUGUGAGGAGGUGCCUCCCACCAUGACUGUUAAGUUUCCUGAGACCGCCCCAGCCAUGCUGAACUGUGAGUCAAUUAAACCUCUUUUCUUUAUAAAUUACCCAGU